ACCCGAACUACAACCUACUACUUCCUCAAACACAACAAUGGCCUCCCAAGACACAAUCCUUCAAACCAACGCCCAAUUGGCCCGGGACUACAUCCUCUCCCAGCCCAGCGAUGCCCUAAACAACAACCCCUGGGCCGUAUACCAAGCCCUCGACCUCUUCAGCCGCACCGCACGCCUCAUGAACUUCAAACAAGCCAAGCUCAACGUCGCUAAAGAAGCCCUUAUGUCCAUGGAAUCCCCACCCAAAGUUGUGAUCGAAUUUGGCACCUACAUCGGGUGCUCCGCCGUCGCAUGGGCUGCCAUUCUUCGCGACCUGCACGGUCCCUUCGCCGAGGGGCUGCACGUCUACACCUUCGAGGUCAGCGAGGAGGUGGCGAGCGUAGCGAGGGACAUAAUCCGCGUGGCAGGCGUCGAGGACAUUGUGCAUGUGAUGGUGGGGCCUGCGUCGGAGUCAUUGGCGAAGCUGGUUGAGGAGGGCAAGAUUGUGAAGGGAGGAGUCGAUGUGGCUUUCUUUGAUCACUGGGAGAAGUUCUACCUGAGCGAUUUGAAGCUGUGUGAGGAUUUGGGCCUCUUUAGGGUCGGAUCGAGUGUUAUUGCUGAUAACACGGAUAUUCCGGGAGCGCCGGAUUAUUUGGAGUAUUUGAGGGCUGGGGGACGAGGUGGGGAGGGUGCCGUGAAGUAUGUGACGAAGUCGGUGCAGUCGGAGCAUAUUGUUGAGAGGAGACCGAAUAUGGUGGAGGUCUCUACUGUUGUGGCGGCUCCUUGAGGGGGUAUAAGUCUGGGUUUGAGAGGGAAUGUCAUACUGGUUAUCAUGAUAAUGAGCGUUAAGAUUUAGUGGCAUGUAUGACAGUUUUUGUAUGUUGCGUUGUUUUGGAAGCUUGAUAUCAUCCGUUAAGAUAGCAGGUUGAUCUUGCAAAUUCAAGUUACUGAUAUUACUGGCACAUUUUCUCGAGUUUAGA